CUUUGUCACCAGCUACUGCAGAGCUACAUAAAUAAAAUCAUAUCAUCAUUAUAAAGUCUUAAUUUCGAAAUAUUUAUCAGUCUCAACAAAUUUGGGAACAUUUUUAUUUCUCGUAGAAAAUCAGAAGCCGAGCGAUGUCAGAAAUUUCUCUAAACUACCCAAUAUUCGCUGCCCUGGUGAAUGGAAUUUUAAUCCUGUUCCUGUCUCUGAAUUUCUUAAAGCUCUGGAAAAAAACGAAACGACAAGAUCAUGAACAAAAAUUAAGGAAAAAAUCAAUUAUAACCACUUCCAUAUCACCAUGCCAACCACCAUUCAAUAAAACCUCACCCAAAAACGAGGAUGUCGCAUCGCUAACUCCAUGGCAACCAGAAAUCAAUCACGAAAAUAUUUCCCCACCUAAGAACCAGCCAGAUGAAAUGGCCACAUUCAAAAACGUCUCAAACGUGCUAAUCUCAACGCUAAAUCCUGCCCUAAUCUCAUCAAAGGAUAAGGACGUCUUAUACUCUCUCUACAAACAAAUCCACUUUGGUAACUUCCCCUUCAAAAAUCUACUUCAGCUUAAAUCUUACCAUCGCGGCACCCUGUAUUGGAUCCUUCUCCGAGGAAUGUCGGCAUCCCAUUCUAUUUCAAAAUAUAUCGAACUUUACGAAAAACUGAAACGAUCUGAAGCUCAUCAACUAACCCUUCACAAUUAUAGGGCUGCUCGGACCACUGAGAUGAUCAUACCCUCCGAUAAAAAAUGUGUCCCUGUCCUACAUCCGGGCCACAUUAUGAUCCCGAUUAAUCAAAUUCCUUACGAAUUACUGCUCAAUUAUAACAGCACUGUUAAAACCAAGUACAUGUUGGCAGGCCGGGGUAAGCCGACUUACGAUAUGAAAGCCAUUCAACCCCCGAAAUUGAUAAGCGAUUCAGAUUUUAUUAAGAAAUUUACGGAGACGCAAUACUACAAAAUGGUUACUUACUUGGAUCAAGAUAACCCAGAUUUUGAUCCUUAUAGAAAAUUAUAUGGCUUAUCCAAGGAUAAGUCCGACACGAAAUAUUUUAUCGCGGAUUUAACCGGAAUCCGUGUACUAGCCUUGAAGCUAGAAGACAACGCGGUGCUAUGUCCUUGCGUAGUUUUAUUCAAAACCGGAAGUAGUAAUACGAAACUUAGCUUAGUUUCUAUCGCAAUUGAAAAUUUGUAUGAAACUAUAUCCUGCGAUGGGGUAGAUCCCUUUAAAAUAAUGCCGCCAUUUCCCCAGAUAUUAGACUCCCUUAAACUUCUCUAUCCAGGAGAUGGCGUUGCCUGGGAGGUCGCAAAGCUACACGCGACCCUUAAUUCGAGCUAUAUUUCCAGCCUAGGACUCCACCCACUCCUACAUUUUGUCCUGUCCGGUCCAAUUUCUCUCACUUUUGACUCAAUUUUGACCCAAAAUAGUACCAAAAAAUAUUCAAAUUUGCUAAUCUCGCAAAUAAUUGGGGCACACUCCACCAGCCAAACGGGCGUUGAUGCGAACGCCCUAAAUUUUAAAGAAUCCGUCCUUUGGGCGGAAAAUUCGCUAUAUUACGCUUUUGGUGUCGGCACUAAAAAUAAUGGUGCGUAUAAUAUGACGAAAUUAAUCUGCGAUGGGUUAGAGGGUCACCCGAUUUAUGGGAAAUUUAACAAAAUUUCCUUCUUAAAUGAACAGCGAGAUAAUCGUUUUCAGGAUAUCUUUACUCAUCAGAAAUUUAUGAAUGGUUUCUUAAAACCGGUGAAGACCUUUGUUCGUGGCGUGAUUAAUCUGAUUCUGGGGGAUGAAAAAGAGAUAGAAUUUUGUAACCUGUUUUUAUCUGAAUUGCAGAAUAAGCUACCCCUGAAAAGUAUUGUGAGGGGGGAAGUUGGCGAAUAUUUUGGCAACAAAAAUGGCAAUAUCUAUCACCUCGCCAAUUUAAUGGAGGGAUUGUUAACUUAUUUCAUCUUUAACGCGGUUGAGCAUUCAAUCGAACAUUUCCUUCUGGGGUCGCAUUGGCUCAAUGAUGAUCAAAUACUGAUCCGAAUUCCGGUCGAUUUUGGAAAUAAAUCCAAUAAUUGGCACGAUAUUUAUGACGAGGUCUCCAAACUGAAUGAAAUUUCGGAUAGAUCCCGAUUUUAUUUGGCGUCAAAAAUGUUCUUUCAUCCCCACGUGAGUAAAACUUUUGUAGAUUUAUUGAGUAAAGAGGGGGGAUAUUUGGGUGGAGGUGGGAAUCAUAAUUAUGGGAAUGUUUCCAAAUUGUUGGGAAUUUUGGAACAAGAAUUAUUAGACGGGAUGAUGCACGUGUUGAACGGGGAGGAUAAUUUGGCCGGAAUUAGAUUGACCGAUGUCGCGAUAAGUGUGCAAAGUUAGAAAGGAAUUGAUAAAAAAUUGAUGAUAAGUAGUUACCAAUUUUACAUAAAUGUAAUAUUAAUUAUGAUAAAUAUGAAUACUUAUAUUUAAUAUUUAAUCAUAACU